AUGCAGUUUCCUGAAGAUAUGUCGUUGUACCCUCAUUGCUACGAAAAGAUCAAGUGGUUGAGAAAUGGAUGGAUGACGCAUCAAUGCUAUGCUGAUUAUGGCGUUAACGGGUCGAUCUGCUCCAUGCGGCGUUACCUUUCUGAGGUUGAAAACCACUGUCCUCCUCUCGACGAUUCAGGACUAAACUUCGACACGGCUGAUUUUGCA